AAACCCUAACCAACUACAACACCAAUUCCAAUCUAUCAAAUAGUACGAGAAAACUCACCACCCAAAAGUCUUUCUCCCCUUUUCCUCUCUUUUUUUCUCACUCCUUUUUUCCUCCUCCAUUAUACUCUCUUUUGCUGUCUGAAAUUAGCGAAGGUUCUCGUUUUUAUCUUUGUGCUUUAAUUUGGGGGUAUGAUUGAAUUUUGUCAGGGUGCUAUUAGAGGACUGUGAUCUAGUGUUUCAGAUGUGUUCUACAACUUGAUUGUAACGUUUGUACUUGAGUGAGAUUUUCUGGAGAUAAAAGAUUUAGCUGAUUUUGGAACCAUGCCAGUUUCAGGCAACGAAGAGCCUGGGGUUCUUUCCCGGCAGCCCAGUAACUCGUCAUCAGGUAUCCCUAUUAAGAAGAGGUGGUACUCUAUGGUCCAGUCUCCUUCACCUACUCGUGCUGAGCCGUCUUCUUUGUCUAACGAAAGUGAAUCCAAGACCAAAGGUUCUUGCUUGGUCCAGGGCUCUACCUUGAGUUCUUGUGAUAGUACAAGUAAAUCUGAUACUGUCAAGAAUACUCUUUUAGAGGUAAAAAAGGAAAAACCUUCUGAUCCGAAUGUUGACUCUCCGCCUACUUUGCAACCAUUUUUAACCAUAUCUCGGGAAACAAACCCUGAUACUAGUUCUGGUCCUUCGGGAAAUGUAGACAAUCAAGUGAAACCAGCUUCUGCCAAAAAAUUAGCUAGCCAGGAAGUUCCAGGUAGGACCAUAGUGAAUGUGAAGAAGGAAAUUGUUGCCAAACAAGGGAAAAGCCAAUGUAAACUUGAACUUCCUGCUGAUUCUGGACAUAUUGAACUGUCAUUAGGCCCAAAGAAACCACGUGUUUCUUCACUGGUUGAUCCAAAUACUGAGGGGAGUUGCCUGCUGCGUGGAACUGUAAAUCCUUCAUUGCUUUCUCUGUCUUUGAAUAAAGGGAAGGACAUUUCCCAGGACGGAAGUUGCAAGAAUGGAUUGAAUAACAAUGAUUCUGAUGAUACUGCACACACUAAUAGAUCUAACUGGGAUCUGAAUACUCCCAUGGACUCAUGGGAGGGUUCUGGUGACGAUGUUCCUGUUCAAGAUGCUAGUCACAUUGAUAUGUUAAGUAAGACUUCUAGUUCACUAGACCGAGAGCCUUCUAUUAGUUCUGCUUCUGUUGUUGGUGCUAAUGUUGAUAAAGGGAAACAAGUUGUUGGAGCUAGUGAGCGGGAAUUUAAUUUUCCCAUCUCAUUAAUACAGCCUAGCCUACCAUACAAGUCUGCAGAUGUGCUUCCUCUCAGUCUUGGUAGUACUUUACGUGGGUUUGACUCCUCAAUACUGCAGUCAUUGGCUAAAGUAGACUCUAGCAGGGUUAGUCCGAACUCGAGUUUGCUGAAAAAUCUGGCAAUGAAUAGUAACAUGAAUUCCCCCACUCGUAAAACAGUUAAGUCAGAACCUGUCGAGGAAGCCUUGGUACAAGACAAUGCUGGAACUGCAUGUCGUCCAGCUGGAACAUUGGAUGCUAAUGUAGUAAAACCUGAAGUUGUGAGGCAGAAUCUGGAACCUACUGAGAUGUCGACUAAGGGUCCUCAGAAAUUACUCGAGCAAAAACCAGUGAAAUGUGAACCACUCCAGGAGGUUAGUCAGGAAAUAUCCAUGACGUCAGAUGUGAUUGCACACCAAUCAGUUGGAAGGGUUUUGCAGCUUCAGGAGAGUUCUUCUUCAUCUUCGUCUACACUGCCAAUGCCUUUGACCCCUCAAAAGGGAUGCCCUUCUAGAUUGUCUACCUGUUCAGAUUUGUCUGUGAUGAGUGGGGACUUGUCUACUCAAUCUGAGUACUCUGUUCAUACUGAAGAAGCUAAUAGAAGUAAAAAUGCUCUAGACCAGGCAAAUGCUGAUAUUGCUGCUAAAAAUGCGAACUUUGACCUCAAAGAAUCAAAUGUGUCCAGUGAUAAAGUGGAGGCAUCUGUGUUGGAGGGCAUCAAUGUUGAAGAUAAACGAGAGACACAUCAUUUGGUUGCAAGUGGUGUGGGAUCGGCAAUUGAUGAGGAAAAGAUAAGUAUAUCAGCUGGUACAGAAGAGGAAUGUUAUGGUUCUGAUUAUGAAUCUGAUGGUAAUCAUGCUUUUGCGGGACAUGUUGAUGCUGAGAGUGUGGGGUGUGGCAGAGAGGAUGAGGAAUAUGAAGAAGGUGAGGUCCGUGAGCCAAUGAUGCAGUCAAUUGCAGAAGACCCAAUUGCUGAGGGGAUGGAUUCGGAAAAAAAUAGCAAAAGUGCUCAUUCUGCUGGCUCUUCUGGGGUUGAGGUCAAUUAUGAUGAAAAAGAUAACAGUUUGCCAGUUCAUACUGAGAGUAAUGAUGACUUUGUGAAAGGCUGUGAUGAGAAAGCUGACAAAAUUGAUCAUAAAGACGGUAAUUUGCGGAGUCCGUUAUUGGAUAAGGAGGAAACAACAGGAGCUGAUGAGCAGAGGCCUAUUGGUGCUAUUCAACAAGGACCAGUUGAUCAAUCAAGAAUAGCAGUUCUGCAGGAGGGAUGUCAAAAGGAUGUCUUAUGUGACGAAGCGCCUACUGGAAGCAGUGGGUCUGGCAGAAAUGUUGGCGAGGCUAAUAACGAGAAUAUUGGAGGAUUUGAUAUGGCACCAACAGUUGAUUCAUCUUUGCAGAAUGCUGAAACAUCUAUUAAUGCCAACUCUAAUAAAGAUUUGUCAAAUGUUGGAAGCAAGAGCAGGAUUAUCAAUUUACCUCGUGCAUCUAAUGUGACAUCUCCUAGUAAUGUCAGAACUAUUACAGGUAGGUCACUGCCUUCAAGAAGUGGAAGAGAAAGGUAUUCUGAUAUAGAGGAGGAGAAAUUCCAUCUACGAAAGAAUAGAGAUGAAACUUAUGCUGAUGGUCCUAAAUUUGUCCGGCAUAGGAAUGAGGACCGGUCAUUUGGCAGCUCACGGGGGAACUUCAUGCGUGGAAGAGGGAGGGGUUCGGGCCGGUUUGAUAGUUCGCGUAGUGAUUGGGAUUCUGGGCGUGAUUUUGAAAGCUAUGGAGGUGGCACUGAUUAUCGUUUUAGACGUAAACGUACUGCUGCUGUUGGGGAAUCUGAAAUUGAACGUAAUGACUAUGAUAGACUCGAUGGUGCUGAUUUUGUUAGUAAUAGGAGGAGGAAGCCAUUAAAUGAUUCCUUCUCUUCAUUUCGGCAUCCACCUGCACGGCGGCUGUCCCCCAAUGGAAGAGAAGAUGCUGCCAUGAUGGGUAUUCAAAUGCUUCGUAGAGCUCCUAGGAAUAUCAGCCCAAGUAGAUGCACUGGUGAAGAUGGCUCUGAUGGACCAGAUGGUCAUUUCAUUCGGGGUAAUACAAAGUUUACCACGAUGCAGAGAAGAGGUUUCCCUCGAAUGCGGUCUAAAUCUCCUGCUAGAUCCCGUACGCGUCCCCCUGGCCCUUGGUCAUCUCCUCGGAGGAGACCGACCGAAGGAUUCAAUGGUCUUCCAGAUUCAUCUCAGCACAGGUCUCCAGCUAUGUACAGGGAAGAUAGGAUGAGGUCUUCCCCACGAACUUCUUUUACUGACGAUAUGGUUCCUCGAAGGCGUGACUCUCCAUCGUAUACUGCUCGGCGUCUGAAUGAUAUGAGGGAUGUGGAUGCUGGACAGGAGCAUGGGCAUCCAAGGUCUCUUUCUAUCAGAAGAAGUCCACCUGAUCGGGUAUUUACUAGAAAUAGGAGACUUGAGAUGUUAGAUCGUCGGGAGAGGGCUGAUGGUGAUGACUACUUUGAUGGGCCGAUACACACUGGCAGGUUUCCUGAGCUUCGUAGUGGUGGAAGUACUGAUGAGAGAAGGAAGUAUGGCGAGAGGCGAGGAGGACCUGCUCGUUCUUUUCGUCCUUCUUAUAACAGCGAAAAUGACACUUUCCGUUUCAACCAAGAUGGUGGCCCUAGGCCUUUUAGGUUCUAUCCAGAAGCAGAUGAAGAGUUUGUUGAACGAAAUAACACUAGGGAAAGAGAAUUUGAUGCAAAUAUCAAGGAUCGACCUUUACCUAGGCGAAUGAGAAAUGUGGAGGAGCAAGAAGGUAAUUUUAGACAGAGUGGGCAAGUUUGGCAUGAAGAGGGAUUUGAUGUCUCUAGAUUGAAAAGAAGAAGAUUUUGAUUUUAUGGCUCACUGAACUUGGAAUAUCAGCAGCUGUGCCGUGGGGAACACUGUUUCCGCAUCGCUCGGAUCCUGUAAAAGAAUUCUUGGUCCUUACAGGUACAGGUAAUUUGCUGCGUGUAAUGAGGAACAGAGACUGAUUUUUUAUUGCAUCUGGACGAAUGAGAAAUGUUGAAGUAUAAGAAGGUGGCUCUAGACACAGUGGAGUCUUGCCUGAAGAGGUGUUAAUAUCUCCUUAUUGAAAAGAAGCAGACUUUCACUUAAUAUCUCAAUGAACAUCUCAUCAUUUUUGGAAGUAUGCAUUUAUGCAUUUUUUUGCUCCAGAAAAAGAAAUCUUUUUGCUAGUAAGCCGUCCAAGGAACGUGCUUUUUACCUUUGCUGCCUGCAAUUUGUUCUUUUGGAGGAGAAAACUACUUGUUUAAGAUGCUCUAGACUGAGUUGACUUGAAACUAGUUUAAGGUGCUACGACUAUGCCGGCCUGAACACUACUAGUUUAUGGUGCUAUUAUGCUGGCCUGAACACAACUAGUUUAAGUUGCUAGUAUGCUGGCUUGAAUACUACUACUAGUUUAAGUUGCUAAUAUGCUGGCUUUGUAAAGCCUCGGGGGUAAAUGACACUGAGUUUUGUGGUUUACAACUGUUUAACCAGCACUGGGUUGGUUCUCUGAUGUCCAAGGUGAAUUAUGCAGGUUAAGUAUGACAUAUCAAUAACACCAUCUAUGAGACCAAAUAUCAUUGAGAUGGAUGUGCAUCCUACAUUUUCAUUUCUUGAGAUGUCCCUGUCCUCUUUUAACUUCUUUUUGGUGUAACUAUUCGCGUUUCUGAAGCCACCGGCUCAAUUAAUCCUGAUUUGCGCGUGGUUUACAAGUUAGAGAAACUGAUUGAUGA